GUAUCCCGGACGGAGCGAAGUAGGCGGGAGAAACUGUGAGUCAGCCAUGGGAGCUAGGAAACGAGCUUCAAAAGAACCGGCCGGAGUGGCUGCUAAACCGGAAUCCGGCGAUCCUAAACCGGUUCCAACGCCUGAUGAUGCCUCGUCCGAGCCGAAGAUCGCCCCUUCAAAAGCUCCAUUGAUGCUCAAAUGCACCGCAAUUUUCUCAAUCCCGUACUUCUACUUGAUCUACUACCACUACCGAAUCGAAUCGGAGCUCCGGAGAUCCAUCAUCAUCAAUGCUAUCAUUAGCUUGCUCGGUUACUUCGUAACCUUAGCUAUGAUCCCCGUGGCCUCGAAAUACGUUCUCAGAAGGAACUUAUUCGGAUACGAUAUCAACAAGAGGGGCACUCCUCAAGGCACCAUUAAAGUUCCUGAGUCACUGGGUAUUGUUGUUGGGACCGUUUUCUUGGUUGUGGCUAUCUUGUUUCAGUACUUUAACUUCACAGCUGAUUCAAAUUGGCUUGUUGAGUACAAUGCGGCAUUAGCUUCAAUCUGCUUCAUGAUGAUGCUUGGAUUUGUUGAUGAUGUUCUUGAUGUACCAUGGAGAGUGAAAUUGGUAUUACCAUCUAUUGCAGCUCUUCCUCUGUUGAUGGCGUAUGCUGGGCAUACAACUAUUGUUAUACCAAAGCCUCUAGUUCAAUAUGUUGGAUUAGAAAUUCUGGAUCUAGUUUUAAUGUGUACAGGAUGGAUUUAUAAACUAUAUAUGUGGCUCUUGGCCAUAUUUUGCACAAAUUCCAUAAAUAUCCAUGCUGGUAUCAAUGGCCUUGAAGUAGGGCAGACAGUUGUUAUUGCAGCUGCUAUAUUGAUUCAUAAUAUCAUGCAAAUUGGAGCAUCUACUGACCCCGAGUAUAAACAAGCCCAUGCAUUUUCUCUUUAUCUUGCCCAACCAUUGCUUGGCACUUCCUUGGCUUUACUUUCUUACAACUGGUAUCCUUCUUCAGUUUUUGUUGGUGACACCUUCACCUACUUUGCUGGAAUGACUAUGGCAGUAGCUGGCAUUUUGGGUCACUUUAGUGAAACACUUCUGAUAUUCUUUACCCCUCAAGUUUUGAACUUUCUGCUGUCAGUCCCUCAGCUAGCUGGUAUUAUCCCUUGUCCACGGCAUCGACUGCCUAAAUUUGAUCCUCAGACUGGUUUACUAACUGGUACAAAUGAUGGAACAUUGGUAAACUUCUUCUUAAGACAACUUGGCAGAAUGUCAGAACAGUCCCUUUGCGUUGUAUUACUACUCUUCCAGGCCUUCUGCUGCUGCUUCUGUUUCCUGCUGAGGUGGCUUCUUACUGGUUGGUAUAAAUGAAGUUGCAACAGUAAAGGAUAUUAUUCUUCCUGAUGAGCGCACAAAUGAAUGAAACCCCAUCUCGGGCUGAACUUGUAUACUACGACUUAACCAACUCACCCUGGAAAUGCAGAGUUCUUUUGUUGUCGUGCUGGAGGUAGGAGUUCAAAGAGUCAUUGUUUUAUUAACUGGAGUGCAUCAACUUUAUAUAGACUCAGUUUUCUUAUAGAGAAGCUUGACUAUGUUUGUAUCCCAGAAUAUGUUUCAGAUAGGUUUUUAUAGCAUUAUCUGUUGUUAUUUUUCUGGUAGAGCCGGUUGUUAGGUAGGCCUCUGUUUUGGAUCCAAAUUCAAGUGUUUGCUUUGGGUAUUAUAUGCCUCUGGUUUGGAUGUGCAAUCAAAUAUGAAGAGAAAAAAAGUGAGUAGAAAUUGGAAGUUAGAACUCAUUAUAAAAAUAAUAUGCUUCUUAUAUA